UCACUGACUUGUCUUCGAUGUGACUUAAGAGCACCGUCCUGAAACCAGCACAGAAACACGCACAGAAACACGGCCGGCGUGCACCCUGCUCCCUGAUGCAGUGACCCAGCGGGACGUCUCUGCAGCAGGAUCUCUCGUGGGGGUGUGCGGGACAGAGAGCGUCGGGUAGAGAAGCUGCUCAGACUCCAGCAUGCUGCGGCAGUCUCUGAGCAUCCUGAUGCAGUUUGGCUCUGCCACAAAGUCACAAGAUGCCACUGAACUUCUACACGAGGACCUGGUUACGGUGGAGCAGCGGGUGGAACCGGCCAAGAAGGCAUGUCAGGUCCUUCACAAGAAGCUGCAGGGCUGCAUGCACAGCCAGACGGGCCUGGAGGCGGAGAAACGAAUGAAAAAGCUUCCUCUGAUGCUGCUGUCCGUCAGCAUGGCAGAGAGCCUCAAAGACUUUGAUGCACAGUCCUCUAUCAGGAGGGUGUUGGAGAUGUGCUGCUUCAUGGAGAAGAUGCUGGCCAGCAUGCUGGCAGACUUUGAGAUGAAGGUGGAGAAGGAGGUUCUGGAGCCGCUCAACAAGCUCAGCGAGGAUGAUUUACCAGAGAUCCUCAAGAACAAAAAGCAGUUUGCAAAACUCACUACAGACUGGAACAACGCAAGAACCAGGAGCCAAGCCAGCACUGGUCCCCAGGCAAAGCAGGAUGGGCUCAGGGAGGAAGUGGAAGAAGCUUGGAGGAGGUUGGAGAACAUCAAGGACCAGUACUCUGCAGAUCUGUAUCACUUUGCAACUAAAGAAGACGACUACGCUAACUAUUUCAUCCGUCUUCUGGAGCUGCAAGCAGAUUACCACAAACAUUCCCACGAGUUCCUGGACAGAAACAUCAUUGAGCUCAAAGAGAAUCACAAUCAUAAAGGGCCGCCGCUAAACCUCUCGAACCAGAAGGUCUACGGGGAGCCUCUGCUCUCUCAUCUGUCUCAAAGCGACAGAGAAAUAGCUGCACCCAUCGAGGAGUGUAUUUACAUGCUGCUGAGGACGGGCAUGAGUGAGGAGGGACUAUUUCGUCUGGCGGCGGCAGCCUCGGUGGUGAAGAGGCUGAAGACUUGUUUGGAUCAAGAAGCGGUCGACCACAGCGAGUUCAGCAUGGACCCUCAUGCCGUGGCCGGGGCUUUGAAGUCGUACCUGAGAGAACUUCCUGAACCUCUUCUGACCUUUGAACUCUACAAUGACUGGUUCAAAGCCGCAGGGGAGAAAGACCUGACGGAGAAGCUGGAGCAGUUCAGAGAUCUACUGAAGAAACUGCCGCCUGACAACUACAACAACCUCAGGUACUUGGUCCAGUUCUUGUCUCUGCUGUCUGAGCAGCAGGAUGUAAACAAAAUGACAGCUACUAACAUCGCCAUCGUCCUGGGACCCAACCUGCUCUGGCCACUAGCUGAAGGGGAAGCUGCUCUGUUUGACAUGGCGUCCGCUUCUUCAGUCCAAGUGGUGACGAUCAUCGAACCUCUGAUUAAGUACAGCUCCAGCCUCUUCCCCGAAGCUGUAUCUUUUGAGAUCCCAGACCUUCCCGAGGUCCCGGAUGUGUCCCUGCCAGUUCCUGUUGCCCAGUCUCUGAUCUCCGAUAAGGAGAAACUGAGGAGAACCGUCUCCUCGUCUUCAUCCACAGCCUCCUCGUGCUCCUCGCAUCACCUGUCUCUCUCAAAGGCAAAAAGCACAGCCUCUCAGGACAGUGGUGGCUUCCUCCUGGUGAAAUCUGGCUCUGUGAGUCGCGGUGGCACCUCCACAUGGGCUAGCCCUGUCACCGAGACGGCUGCACCAACCCCCUCCCUCGACGCCAGCCCUGUCGUCGCCUCCAACACCUCCGCUGCCUGUAGCUCGACACCAGGUCAGCUCAGGAGUCCCACCCAGAAGCAGUGUGCGGAUCAAAGCCAGCUGGAGCCAAUUCUGGAGGCUCCCCCAGAGUCUCCAAGAGCUUUCGUGAAGAUCACCUCACCGUAUAAACCAGCAAAAAGAUCUUUCAACCAGACUAAACCCAUCCAGGCGAACGAGCAGUUGACAGUUCAGUUCCCUAAACCCAGACCCCCGGCACCUCUCAAACUUCAGCCCCUUCCUCGCUGCACCACGGCCCCGGCUGCUGCGGACACAAGCACCCAGCCGACGCCCGCACCACCGCCGACGCCCGCACCACCGCCGACGCCCGCACCCCGAGCUCAGUCGGUAAACCUAAAAAAGCCCCCUGUGAAAAAGCCUGGAGUCAAAGUCCCAAACUGCCCUCCACCACUUCCUCCUCCAUCACAGGCAAAAGAGGUUCCUUCUUUACUUCAGUGAGCAGAAUUACGCAUGUGCCGUCCAUUAGACGUGGAGUUUCUUGUUGUAGUUCUUUAAAGAGUAACUUAAAAUCUUGUCUAAGUUACUAUUUAAACAUGAAAUGUUUAAGAUGUUCAUUCUGUGUUGUUCAAUAUCUUCCUUCAACUGUGCAGCUUUUUUUUAUUUUUGCAACCAGCUUCAUUUAUUUAUUCUUCAGUUCCUGAUUUCCUACGUUUCCCAGAAUGCAAAGUAAUCCCGAGUCUUUCUGGUCAAAAAUAAUAGCUACACAUUAAAUGAGCCAAAGCAGAUUGCCAGCUGCUGGUUUUAAGGGUUGGAUUUUUCCAUAAAUAUAUAAAAUUAUAGUAUUCAUGUGAGCUAAUUAAGUACGGAAAAAAACAAAUGUGAACUUUGAGGACGAACUGAAGUUUAAUGUAAAUAACAAACUUUCUUUUGAGUAGAAUAUUCCUUUCAAUCAAUCUUAAAUGUUGUACCUAAACUAUGUAAAUAAAUGCAUAUUCAACCUAAUUAAAAA